GAGGAGCAGAGCAAACACUGAUUUUGCUUCCAGGCCUUUGCCUUGCAGCGGCCUCUCUGUCUGCAGCCAGCAGACUGCGGGAGAUGGCCUGAAGGAGCAUCAGAAAAUCCAGUCUCCGUGGCGGAGGUUCCUGCGGGACAUCAGCGGGGCUCCCGCUCUCCUCCCGGAGUUUUCCCGUUUCCCCCUUGCGCCUAGUGGAUGUACCAGAAAUAGGAGCAGUUGACCUUCCGCGACGUGGCCGUUGACUUCUCUCCGGAUGAGUGGGAAUGCCUGGACCCUCCUCAGCAGAGGCUGUAUAGGGAUGUGAUGGUAGAGAACUACAGAAACCUGGUCUCUGUGGAGCUCCGCUGAGGUCAUGUUGGAGUGUCAUAGAGAAGCCACAUCACUUUUACCACUCUCCAGAUUACCUUUGUGACUUGUGGAUCAUAGAGUCUAAUGCAUCGUCUUCAUGUUCUUCCCUCUGACUCUUUCUCAUCAUUGUACCCAGAACUUUUCACCAGAGCAGAUCCUAAAAUAUUCCUUCACAGAAGUGACCAAUGGAAGUUAUAGCCUUCAGCAUUUAUACUUAAGGGAGGACUGUGCAAAUGGAGAUGAGAAUAAAGCAGCAGCCUGCCAUGGUAGACAUAAGCAAUGUCUGAUCACAAGCAAUACCAAAGACAACAGAGAUCAAGAACAGAAAACAGCUCUGAAAAAAACUCAUGCAAGGCCAGAUACUUUUGAUGAGCCAUGUGUCUAUAACUGUAAAUAUCCACAGGAGAUUUUUCAACAUGACUUAACUUUGAAAGAAAGUUGGGAAGAUCUGAUAGAUAGAUUAAUUUUUCACUCAAGCAAUUUCAUAGACAAAGAAUUAAGAAACAGAGGACUGAUCUCUAAAAGUGAUCAAGCCGAGUCUUCCUAUCCUGGAAGAGCCAUACUCUUCAGUCAGCAAAUACCAGUCUCCUGUGGCCAAAAGCACAAUACUAAUGAUUGUGGAUUGCCUGCUACUGAUCCAUUAUUGCAUAGCCAAAAUGUAGAUACAGAAGUUUGGGAAACCCCUUACAUGUAUAAGGAAAUUAGCAAAGGUUUUAGCAGUGGAUCUUUACUAAAUAGUUGCGAUGAUGUGGUUAUCUUAGAGAAAUCUGGUCAGUGUGACAAAGUACAUAAUGACUUUGACCAUUGCUUGAGUCCCAACAACCAUCAAUGCACUCUUCCAAAGAAGCUUUUCAAUUGUGAUAAUUUCUUUACUCAAUGUUCAAAGCUUACUAUCCAUCAGGGUAACUAUAUUCAAGAUAAGCAUUACAAGAGUAAGCAUUACAAGAGUAUAGAUUGUGACACGAUGUUUAAUAAAACUUUAAAUGUUACUAGGCGUAAAAUUCAGCAUUCCAAGAAAACCUACAAAUGUAAUGAAUGUGGCAAAGCCUUUAAAUAUUGCUCAAGUUACAGAAAACACAGCAUAAUUCACACAGGAGAGAAACCCUACAAAUGUAAAUUAUGUGGAAAAUCCUUUACCCAGUGUGCAAGCCUUAAAAAACAUCAGAGAAUCCACACUGGAGAGAAACCCUACAGGUGUGAAGAAUGUGGCAGAAGCUUUAACCACUACUCAAUUCUUGGUCAACACCAGAGGAUUCAUACAGGAGAGAAACCCUACAAGUGUAAACAGUGUGGCAAGUCCUUUACUCAGUGUUCAAGCCUUCAGAAACACCAAGUAAUUCACACUGGAGAGAAGCCCUACAGAUGUGCAGAAUGUGGCAAAUCUUUUACCCAAAACUCAACCCUUAGUCAACACCAGAGAAUUCAUACUGGAGAGAAACCUUACAAAUGUGAAGAGUGUGGAAAGGCCUUUACCCAAUGUUCAAGCCUUAGAAAACAUCAAAGAAUUCACACUGGAGAGAAACCCUACAAAUGUGAAGUAUGUGGCAGAGCCUUUAACUGCCGCUCGUCUUUUACUAAACACAAGAGAAUUCACACAGGAGAGAAACCUUACAAAUGUAAAGACUGUGACAAAGCUUUUAUCCACUGCACAAAUCUUAUUCAACACCAGAGAAUCCAUACAGGAGAGAAACCAUACAAAUGUAAUGAAUGUGGGAAAUCCUUUAGUCAAUGUUCAAACCUUAGAAAGCAUGAGAGAAUUCAUACAUGAAAAAAACUAACAAAUGUAAAGAAUCUAGUAAAUCUUUCAUCCAUAGUCAGAAA